AACGCCUCCCUGUGUCCUGAAAGUGGGUGAUAGUAUCUGGAGGCACAGCAGGUUUUAUUUGUUACUAACAUCUGACGAAUUGGACUAAGCUCCUUGACUUCACUAAUAACACCAGGACAGUCGUGGUGACCUGUCUUUAAUCAAGUUUAACCCAAAGCUUUGAAGAUCACUGGGCAUUUUAAUAUGGCGCGUGUAGGAAAGCUGUCCUCCAAAAGCUCAGUGCUCUUGCUGUGCGACAUGCAAGAGAAGUUCAGACCAACGAUCUUCCAGUUCUCCAAUAUUGUGAGUAAUGCAGCAAGACUUCUACAGGCUUGUCGGAUCCUGGGUAUUCCCCCAAUCCUGACUGAGCAGUACCCUAAAGGCUUGGGUCCAACUGUGUCCGAUUUGGGUGCCGAGGGCCUGAAACCCCACACUAAAACCCGCUUCUCCAUGCUAACAGAGAGUGUGGAGAACGAGCUGAAAAGCCUGGGUGACCCCAAGCAGGCCAUACUGUGUGGCAUUGAGGCCCAAGCCUGCAUUGCUUGUACAACCUAUGAUCUUCUGGAUAGAGGUAUGGAGGUACAUAUCGUUGCAGAUGCUGUCUCGUCUCGGAGUCAGACAGACCGGCUGUUUGCUCUCUCGCGUCUAAAGCAGAGCGGAGCUUUUCUCACCACCACAGAGGGCAUAAUGCUGCAACUUGUACAAGAUGCCAAGCACCCCAACUUUAAGGAGAUCCAGAAGCUUCUAGCUCAUCCUUCUCCAGAUACAGGUCUCCUCAACUUCUUCAGCUCCCUGUAGGAGAAGCGCACUACGCCAUCAACAGCAGUCUCAAAGAAGAAGGCAGCAGUAUCACGAUGCAUCGAAUUAUCUUUGUACAAGUUAUAUUUUAAUUAAAAAUCAUUUCGUUCAAA